UGUCAUCAGUGAACAUGGACGAAGUCCCUGUCCUCCGGGAAGGAAAAGGCACACCGACAGUCAACUUUGACCAUUUUCAGAUUCUGCGGGCCAUCGGUAAAGGGAGCUUUGGAAAGGUGUGCAUCGUGCGGAAGCGUGACACGAGGAAAACGUACGCCAUGAAGUACAUGAACAAGCGCAAGUGCAUCGAGAGGGACGAGGUGCGGAACGUGUUCCGGGAGCUGCAGAUCAUGCAGGGCCUGGAGCACCCCUUCCUGGUCAACCUGUGGUACUCCUUCCAGGACGAGGAGGACAUGUUCAUGGUGGUGGACCUGCUGCUGGGCGGGGACCUGCGCUACCACCUGCAGCAGAACGUCCACUUCACGGAGAGCGCGGUGAAGCUCUACAUCUGCGAGCUGGCCCUGGCCCUGGACUACCUGCAGAGGCGCCACAUCAUCCACAGAGACAUCAAGCCGGACAACAUCCUGCUGGACGAACAUGGACACGUUCACAUCACAGACUUCAACAUCGCGACCGUCGUGAAGGGAGCAGAGAAGGCUUCUUCCAUGGCUGGGACCAAGCCGUACAUGGCCCCAGAAGUGUUCCAAGCCUACGUGGACGGCGGUCCCGGGUACUCGUACCCUGUUGACUGGUGGUCCCUGGGCGUCACGGCCUACGAGCUGCUCCGGGGCUGGAGGCCCUACGAGAUCCACUCGGCCACGCCCGUGGAUGAGAUCCUGGGCAUGUUCAAGGCGGAGCGCGUGCACUACUCCUCCACAUGGGGCAAGGGGACGGUCGCCCUGCUCAGGAAGCUCCUGACCAAGGACCCCGAGAGCCGCCUGUCCAGCCUCAGCGACAUUCAGAGCUCACCCUACCUGGCCGACAUGAACUGGGACGCGGUGUUCGAGAAGACGCUGGCGCCCAGCUUUGUGCCCAAUAAAGGGAGACUGAAUUGUGAUCCCACAUUUGAACUUGAAGAGAUGAUCCUCGAAUCCAAGCCCCUUCACAAAAAAAAGAAGAGGCUGGCGAAGAACAGGUCCAGGGACGGCACGAAGGACAGCUGUCCUCUGAAUGGACACCUGCAGCAGUGCUUGGAGACCGUGCGGAAGGAAUUCAUCAUAUUCAACAGAGAGAAGCUGCCAAGGCAGCAGGGCCAGGGCUGCCAGCUCCUGGACCCCGAGGGCCCCGCGGGGAGCCAGGCCCCGGACAAGCUCCAGGACGGGCACAACAACAACGUUCUGGGCCACGCCUGCUCCCGCAGCUGCAGCAGCUAAGCCACCACCGGUGGCUGCCCAGCAGGGCUGCACCCCUCUCUGCCCUGCCCACCAAAAGACCCUCUGUGCCACGGCACCCCUGUCUCACCCCUGGCAACGUCGGAUGCAGACAGAGCCCUGGGCUUGGAGCUGGGGAGCCUGGGUUCUGGUCCCAGCUGCCGGAAUGAUCCCUGUGUGACCUUGGACAGGCCUUGCCCUUCCUGUGCCUCAGUUUUCUGCAUCUGCCAAAGGGGUCCAGCUCUCCACCCACCUCUAAUCACACGGCUGUUGGGAGACUCCAGCUGGGUAGCAGACACACAGGACAUCUGACAUUUAAAAAAUUGUGUACAUGUGUCCAGUCUAACUGUGAUGCUGGGCGUGACUCCCAUCCCCCCACGCAAUUAGACCGUCACGACUUUGUGAUUCGGUCCAUCCUCGCUGCUUAGACGGUACUUUCAAAAAUGUAGCUCAAAGGAAAAUAAACAUUGAUGUGUUUGCCCUUC